AUGAAUCCCAGAGAUAUCAUCUUCGAGCCGUUCAACAUGUACAACAACGAACCAGAGAACAAGACGAGCAUCAUCAACUUGAUCGUUUGCCAACCACCUGCUGGAGCUAGGAGUGCCACAGUCGUGAACGAAUGGCACACCAGCCGAAAAGACAAACGGGUUCACUGUACCGUCGACUACUGUAACACCGCUGGUAAUCUGAUCAGGCGACACCACAUUGUGUGA